UCACUCCGGUGGAGGCGGGACUUCCUACAGCACUUCCGGCCAGAGUCUAAAGCUUCGCUGCUGUGCGGUGCGCUGGAGGGGCAGCUGCUCCGAACACCUGGAGUGUCCGCGGGCAGAUCUCAUAUUUUGCAUUCUGGAUAUAUUAUAAUGAGUGACACUUUGACACCGGAUGUCAUUGGUCGAAGAGUUGAAGUUAAUGGAGAACAUGCAACAGUACGUUUUGCUGGUGUCGUCCCUCCUGUGGCAGGCACCCAACAGGAGGAUCCUUUAUUCGUCCGAAUAAGGUAAAUUUUGGAACAGACUUUCUUACUGCAAUUAAGAACCGCUAUGUGUUAGAAGAUGGACCAGAGGAAGAUAGAAAAGAACAAAUUGUUACACUUGGAAAUAAACCUGUGGAGACUGUUGGUUUUGACUCUCUUAUGAAACAGCAAAGUCAGCUGAGCAAGUUGCAAGAAGUUUCUCUGAGGAACUGUGCAGUAAGUUGUGCUGGUGAAAAAGGAGGAGUUGCCGAAGCAUGUCCUAAUAUUAGAAGGGUAGAUUUGUCAAAAAACCUGUUGUCAUCAUGGGAUGAAGUGAUCCACAUUGCUGAUCAGCUCAGACACCUGGAAGUCCUUAAUCUCAGUGAAAAUAAACUAAAAUUUCCCUCCGGUUCAGCAUUAACUGGAACGUUUUCUGCACUGAAGGUUUUAGUCCUCAAUCAAACAGGAAUAACGUGGGCUGAGGUGCUGCGGUGUGCCGUGUGGUGCCCGGGCCUGGAGGAACUCUACCUGGAGUCUAACAAUAUUGUCAUUUCUGAAAGGCCAACAGAUGUUCUCCAGACAGUCAAGUUAUUAGACCUUUCCUCUAAUCAAUUAAUUGAUGAAAAUCAGCUGUAUCUGAUAGCCCACCUGCCCAGGUUAGAACAAUUAAUCCUCUCUGACGUUGGAAUCUCUUCUAUACAUUUUCCGGAUGCUGGAAUUGGGUGCAAAACCUCCAUGUUCCCGUCCUUGCAGUACCUUGUAGUAAAUGACAAUCAGAUAUCACAAUGGUCAUUUUUCAAUGAGCUAGACAAGUUACCAAGUCUACGGGCUUUGUCCUGCCUAAGAAACCCCCUGACCAAGGAGGACAAAGAAGCAAACAUGACGCGGCAGCUCAUUAUCGCCAGCAUUGGCCAGCUGAAGACCCUGAACAAAUGUGAGAUUCUCCCCAAGGAGAGGCGGACAGCUGAGCUUGACUAUCGAAAAGCUUUUGGAAAUGAGUGGAAACAGGCUGGUGGACAUCAGGAUCCGGACAAAAACAGACUCAGCGAAGAAUUCCUCAGAGCCCAUCCUAGAUACCAGUUCCUCUGCCUGAGUACGUGCGUAUACGCUGGUGGCCUGCAGGUGGCGGAUUUCCCGCUGGAACAGAGUGUUCCCUUAGAAUAUGGUGCACCUGAAGAUUGGGAACUCAAAACACAACAACCAUUUAUGCUCAAAAACCAGCUACUAACACUGAAGAUAAAAUACCCUGAUCAACUUGAUCAGAAAGUCCUAGAGAAACAACUGCCGGGCUCCAUGACAAUUCAAAAGGUGAAGGGAUGGCUGUCACGUCUUCUCAAAGUUCCUGUGUCAGACCUUCUGUUGUCCUAUGAAAGUCCCAAAGUAAGUUGCCCGGGAAAAAACAAAGUCAAGCUUCGUCCUCAUGAUGACAUUAAACUGUCUCUAGAUAGCAACAGUUUGAUUCUAAAUGGAGACCAUAGAUCUGUUUGAUUUUAAGGGUAAGCUACUGCCUGGGGACGGGGUGGGAUAGAGUAUGUGUAACAUGCUUUAUCAGAUCUGUCUUAAUCACAUCCUUCCCUACCUUCCUUCUAAUUUUAGGAGCCGGGCAUAGAAAUCAAGCUGGAAAAUGACCUACAGUCAUUACGUUUUUAUUCUGUGGAAAAUGAAGAUUGUCUAUUAGUGCGAUGGUAACAACCAACUAAUAAAAUUUAGAGACUACACUGCUUAUCAUGUCUGGGGUUCAUCGGAAAUAAAUGAUCCACUGGAACAAUUCUGUCAAAAACAAAGGGGUUUACAACUUGCCCUAAGGAUAACAAGGGAGGUAUUUGCACCACUGAUGUAGUUUUUGUUGGGAAGCGACCAUUUCUAGGCUUAUACAUAAUAGCAGUAAUAAAGGCUUUGAACCUA